AUGCUUGUCCAAGGUGGAAUGAAGUAUCUCAUGCCACAAGCCCAACAGACUGCGCCCUCCGCCGCCGACCCGUCCCAACCCGGAGCCGUCGCCCAAGCAUCUGGCAAUGUUGUGAUACCUGCCUGGGAACAGCGUCCCCAAUCCCUCGCACCUGGCGUUCAAUGGAGCCAUAUACCCUAUGCUGUCGCACCCAUGUGGCCUGUUGGCACUGAAAUGGACAUUGCCAUGUACAUCUCACCCUCCAUCGCCAUGCCGCCACUCAAGUCCAUGCCCAAAGAGUCGCUCUUGAUCAACGAGAAGAACUUCAAGUAUGGAGAUUACAGCGAGAACAGAGAAAUCGACAUUGAAUUUAAAGUGCCCAAGGAGGUACAGCGCAACGCGACGCUCCUUGCUCACUUCUAUGUGGCGCAGAGCGGCAGUGUGCUUGAUCCCACGCAACCAGGCUACGACACCGCAAAGGCUUACCACUUCAUUCGACCCUUGUCGCAAUACCAGCCCAAGAAGAAGAUUGCAAAGACGAGGAACUUGCUAAGCGACAUGCCCGAGAAAACUGAGGUUGAGACGGAAGAGGAGAAGAACGCGCCCAAGAUUGUAGCUAACUACUACCACCCCAACUUCACCGUAUCCCUCAUUCCCGACUCAGGCACUAUGCAGUUCGCCGUUAUGCAUCCUGGCCCCCGAAAGUACAUUACGCUUGAAGCGACUGGUGCGCGGGAUGAGACGGGUCAGCACGGCUGGUACUACCCCAUUGUCUUCACAAACACAUUUUGGCAGCUCAAAAAGGACAUGAUUGAGGUCAACGAAACCGUCACUACCCUUCCACUUCACGUAAAGCUCAACAACUAUGCUCACUGGAAAUUCAACAUCUUCGCCGCCGUUGACGAGAACCUCAACGCCAAUGCCCGAGCUGCGGCCGCCGGUCAGUCUACACCUGGAGGUGGCGACGGCUCUGAGAUGGAAAUGUUCAAGGAGAUCAUCAUCGACAGCAACUCGUACCUUCUUGCCGUUACAGCCGUGGUAUCCGUCCUCCACAUGAUCUUCGAGAUGCUCGCCUUCAAGAACGACGUGCAGCACUGGCGCAAGAAAAAGGACAACGUCGGCACCUCUGUCCGUACCAUCCUCGCAAACGUCGUCAUGCAAGCCAUCAUCUUCCUCUACCUCAUCGACAACAAUGAAAACACCUCAUACAUGAUUCUCUUCGGCCAAGGCAUGGGCAUGGCCAUCGAAGCCUGGAAAAUCACUAAAUCCGUAAACGUCCGCGUCCGCCCUACCGCCCCGGGUUCCCUCCUCCCUUACACCAUCGUCUUCGAAGAUAAGCACGUCCUCUCCGAGACCGAAAAGAAGACGGAGGAAUACGACGCCAUUGCCUUCAAAUACCUCUACAUGGUCGCUAUCCCCUUGCUUGUCGCAUACGCAAUCUACUCCCUCAUGUACGAAUCCCACAAGUCAUGGUACUCCUUCAUCAUCACCACGCUCGUCGGCUCCGUCUACGCAUACGGCUUCCUCAUGAUGGUCCCCGCCCUCUACAUCAACUACAGACUCCAGUCCGUAGCCCACAUGCCCGGCCGCGCAAUGACGUACAAGUUCCUCAACACCUUCAUUGACGACUUGUUCGCCUUUACAAUCAAGAUGCCCACCUUACAUCGUCUGGCCACCCUCCGUGACGACGUCAUUUUCUUUGUCUAUCUGUUUCAGACGUGGAAGUACAAGGUUGAUUAUAACCGUGUUAAUGAGUUUGGGCAGGGAGGUGAUGAUGAGGAGGUCGAGGAGAAGGAUGCGAAUAAGCCGCUUGCAGCGCAUCCGGAUGGUGAUAAGUCGUUGAAGGUGCCCGAUGCAAAGAAGGUCGAGGACGUGGCCAAGGAGAAGGAGCAGGCGGCUGCUACGGGCAGUGAGAAGAAGGGUAAAGCGACCAAGAGGAAGUAG